GUUGAUCCAUCAACAGCUCGCUGCUCUUGUCUUCAGUCUUGAACUGGUCGUUUAUAGCAAACUUUAAUGAGCUGAUGGCAAGAAAAAAAAGGCACACAUCAUCAUAUGUAGACUGGUUUCUUCCCUUGGGAAUAUUUUGUUUGCACUGAGGGAUUUGUGGACCUCAUAACUCUGUUUACUGCUGUUCACUUUGAAUAUCUUACACCGACUGCCAUCACUGGACUGUGUUUCUAAUCGCCAUCCACGUGUUUCCUCUUAUCCAUUAUGCAAGAGUUUUAUUCUGAAAACAACAACAAAAAAGGGGGGUUGAAUGGGAAUAAGUCAGUCUGUUCAAUGCGCACCAGUAUUACAUUAAAAACAUCCAUUUGCUUCACUAAGAAUGUCGACACUGAUCAGAAAGAGUCUUCAUCAGCGGCGUGUGUUUCCCCCCAGUCUCCUCGACGUUCAACAGGUUUCUAUCUACGUCCUGGUGCUGCCACCUAGUGGACACUUCGGCGAACACACCUGAGUAAAUGACUGUCAAUGAUCCCAAACAGCUGGGACUCUGCGUUAAAACAGAAUGUGAUUGUGUACAAUUCCCUAACACUGGUUGAAUAUAUAUAAUAAAACAUUAUAACCUCAGUCCACACGAGGGAUCUAAGUGUUUGCACCCAAUUUAAACACCAGAAGACUUUAAAAAUGAGCAUGUUGAAGGUAUUUUAUUUCUUCUUGAGACGUUCAAAAGCGACUUGUCCAAUUGUUGUUUUUGCAAGACACUGUUGAUAUUAAAGCACAUGACAUUUCUCAUAAUCAUGGCUUUCACAUUUGAAACUCAAGGUUCACACACGUCCUUAAACAUCAAGUCCAAAUAUAUCCAAAGGAUUUCCUAAUUCCCUCGCAUUAAACACAGCAUUGUUUGAGACCCAGAUCAAUAUCAAUAAGAGACAAAAAAGUCAUUUCUGUUCUUUCGCUAAAUAUAUGAAUUAGAUUCAACAACUUUUGAUCACUCACACAAUUUAUGCUCCUUGUCAAAUGCUUUCAAACCCGUAUUUUCCUUUAAAUUUACACAUUUUCUAGGAUUUCAAGGACCCUCGGGAACCGAAACAAUCUUUAACACAGACAUGAAAUUUGUGUUGUCUCUGGAUAAGAAGAGAUAAUUGUUCCAAACACACUCGCCUCUAUUUCUGUCUCAGGCACAAUCUGAACAAUGCAGGCCCCCUUAUCAUGACUGGAGAUCCACAACAGCUCUGGUCCGGCCCACACCCUGCGUCCUACAUCUGGGAGGGGAGCAGAGUGGCUUUAAAAGCUGCACCAUCUGGAGCUGCUGAGCACAGGAUCUUCUGACCCGCACAGGAGAAAAUCUAGAACCGACAACAUGGUUGAAUGGACAGACUUCGAGCGCGCCACCAUCGCCGACAUCUUCUCCAAGAUGGAGUAUGAGAUCAUUGGACCUGCAGCUCUGUCCAGGUGUCUGGUGGUCUACCCCUGGACUCAGAGGUAUUUCGGGAACUUUGGAAACCUCUACAACGCCACAGCCAUCAUUGGAAACCCACUGGUUGCAAAACACGGAACAACCAUCCUCCACGGUCUGGACCGGGCCGUGAAGAACAUGGACAGCAUCAAGGACGAAUAUGCCGAACUGAGCGUGUUGCACUCCGAGAAGCUGCAUGUGGACCCUGAUAACUUCAAGCUGCUCUCUGACUGUCUCACCAUCGUGGUUUCUGCAAAAAUGGGCAAAGAGUUCACCGGUGAUGUUCAGGCAGCUUUCCAGAAGUUCCUGGCUGUGGUGGUCAACUCCCUGGGAAGACAGUACCACUAGAGAGCUGCAAGAGAAGACAUCACAUGAUGAUCCAAUCAAAUCAGUCAUUUCCAUCGAAGCUCUUUGUUUUUUGUUUGAAAGGCAAAUAAAACAAUCAGCAA